AUGUCUUGGAUGCAAACAAUCAACCCCAGUACAAAUAUUAAAAAUGUAAAAUGCACUAUUUGCUUCCAAAUAGAGGUAGAAUAUCAAAGAAAACAAGAAAAAGAUCAAAUUCAUGAAAUCGAAAAAGAAGAAUUUAUACCUAGUAAAAAACUUAAAGUAACUACCAAAAUUGAAGAAUUCAACUUUAACAAAAUUGAAAGAACUGAAAUAGAACAAAUGAAACAAGAAAUAACCAACCUGAAAAAAUUAGCUAUUGAACAAAGUGAGAAUAUAAAAUACCUUGCUAAAGCAAUAAAAAUCUACCAAGAAAUGAAUAACAUACUCCACCUCGAUAAUAUUGAAUUAAAAAGAAAAUUCAAAAAUCUUGAAAAAAGAGAUUAUUUAAUACGCGCAAGACAAAUAGCAGUAUGGCGAAACCAAGCUGUAACUGAAUAG